GGACGGGAAAGAUAAGGGCCUACAUUUGUGUACUGCUCUUUUGAGAGGACUUAUAUCUUCACUUUCCUAUUGAGCUCGCGAGUCUUCAUUCACCCACAUGAGCUCCUGGCUAAAGUGGGACAGAUCUGCAUUAAACAGAAGCAGCAGCUAGAAACGGGGACUGAGGCAGAAAAGGCAAAGCUAAAAUCCUUCGCUGCCAAAAUCAUUCAGCUCCUGAAGGAAUGGACUGAAACUUUCCCUUAUGAUUUUCAAGAUGAAAAAUCCAUGAAAGAGUUGAAGGAGAUUGCUCACAGGAUCACACAAUGUGAUGAGGAAAAUGGAACAGUGAAAAAGAUCAUUAGCCAGAUGACACAGAAUCUCCUGAUGGCCCUCUCUGCACGGAGCCAGUACCAGGAAAUCAGAGAGAAAUUCCGGCAACCUGUUACUGACAAAGGCACCAUCCUCAAAACCAAGCCACAGUCAAGUCAAAAGGACAUCCUGAGUGUGUGCUGUGACCCUCUGAUUUUGGCACAGCAGCUGACCUAUGUUGAACUGGAAAGGGUGAGCAACAUUUACCCAGAGGACCUGAUGCAGAUUGUCAACCACAUGGACUCCCUGGAUAAUCACAAGUGCCGAGGCGAUGUGACCAAAACCUAUAAUUUGGAGGCCUAUGACAAUUGGUUCAAUUGCCUCAGUAUGCUGGUGGCUACAGAGAUUUGUCGGGUUGUAAAGAAAAAGCAGCGUACAAGAAUGGUGGAAUUUUUCAUUGAUGUGGCAAGAGAAUGCUUCAAUAUUGGAAACUUCAACUCAAUGAUGGCUAUUAUCUCUGGCAUGAACUUGAGUCCUGUGGCACGGCUAAAGAAAACUUGGUCCAAGGUCAAAACAGCCAAAUUUGAUGUUUUAGAGCAUCACAUGGAUCCAUCCAGCAACUUCUGUAAUUACCGCACAGCCCUGCAAGGAGCAGCCCAGCGAUCUCAGACUGCCAACAGCAAUCGAGAGAAAAUAGUCAUCCCAGUUUUCAACCUGUUUAUUAAAGAUAUCUACUUUCUGCACAAAAUACAUACGAACCGCUUGCCCAAUGGGCAGAUAAACUUCAAGAAAUUCUGGGAAAUUUCAAGACAGAUUAAUGAUUUCCUGACAUGGAAGCAGGUCGAAUGUCCUUUUGAAAAAGACAAGAAGAUCCAGAGCUAUCUACUCACAGCACCCAUUUAUAGUGAAGAAGCUUUGUUCAUUGCAUCCUUUGAAAGUGAAGGUCCAGAAAACCACAUGGAAAAAGACAGCUGGAAAACACUCAGGACAACUCUGCUUAAUAGAGCCUGAGAUUUUUGGAUCUGAUCUGCAGACUUCAAAGCACAUAAAAUGAACAUGUUUUUACAACCUGAAAGACUUGGACUGAGCUAAGGAAGACCUCACUGGCUGAGGUCUGUUUUGUAUAUACAGUAGCUUUUAUGAAAUAAAAUGUGGUAAAUAUUUCACAUGUCAACCUUAAGGCACUUAAGUGAAGGGUUUUGGUUUUUUUAUUUUAAAUA